AUGAUCAUCGACAAGGGCAAGUCUCUGCCACCAGAAGUGGAGCUCAAAAAUGGAAAAGUUUUCGGAAAGAUUGAAUAUUCCAGACACCGUAAUGUUGCGUAUUACUCCUUCAAAGGAAUCCCAUUUGCUCAACCUCCAGUUGGUAAUUUGAGGUUUAGUCCGCCAGUACCAGCGGAACCAUGGAAUGGAACACUGAAUGCAACAGAAUACGGUUCAAAAUGUGUGCAAUUUUCUGGUUCAGGAGGAUCAGAAGAUUGUUUGACAAUCAAUGUUUUCACUCCAAGUCUCACCGAGAAAAAUUUGACUGUGAUGGUGUGGGUUUAUGGUGGAGCCUUUAUUGCGGGAAGUGUUGAUUAUUAUACACCCUGUACUAUUAUGGAAGAGAAAGAUAUUAUUUUAGUCACUUUUAAUUAUCGAGUAGGAAUUUUCGGUUUCUUCUCAACUGAAGAUGAAGUCGCUUCAGGUAAUCAGGGGCUUAAGGAUCAAAUACUAGCUUUGAAAUGGGUACACGAGAACAUCGCACAAUUCGGAGGAUCUCCCGACAAAGUAACUCUGUUUGGAGAAAGUGCCGGAGCUGCAUCCAUUUCUUAUUUGCUCCAGACUCCACUAACAACAGGUUUAUUUCGGGCAGCGAUUAUGCAAAGUGGGUGCACUUUAAACCUGUGGAGUUUGGGGAGAGGAAAAAAGAAAGCCUUGUUGGAAGCUGCCAGAGUUUUGGGAAUUGAAGCAACUGAUUCGCCCACUUUAUUAGAGGAGUUCAGGAAAAUACCUUAUCAAAAUUUGAGUAUAACAACUAGCACUGUUGAUCUUAGUCAAAUGAUUACUGGCAAUCCGUUUAAUGGUUUAUUAUUUAGUCCAUCAAUUGAACCUGAAAGUAACGAAGCUGUAAUAACUGGAAGCAGCUAUGAAAAGAUGAAGAAUGGCCAAUUUCAGCAAGUACCAAUGAUUGUAGGAUUCAACUCAGAAGAAGGACUGAUGUUUUAUGACAUGGUUGCUGUUAUAACCACCGUUUUAGUCCUUAUUUUAAAGGAUGACAAUGAAGAAACUACACCACCAGAGGUCACAUUGAAAAAUGGGGAAGUGUUAGGAAGUAUAGAAUAUUCACAAAAUCACAAUGUUAUGUUUUACUCCUUCAAAGGAAUACCAUAUGCUCAGCCUCCAAUUGGGGAUUUAAGAUUUAGUCCACCAUUACCAGCGAAACCAUGGAAUGGAACCUUAAAUGCAAAAGAUUACGGUUCUAGGUGUGUCCAAUUUCUGACUCUUAUUGAAGGAUCCGAAGAUUGUUUGACUAUCAACGUAUUCACUCCAAGCCUCACCAAGAGAAACAUGACAGUGAUGGUAUGGGUACAUGGUGGAGCUUUUAUUUUGGGAGAAGCUCGACAAUAUCCACCGGAUACUUUUAUGGAAGAAGGGGAUGUUGUUUUAGUGACUUUUAAUUACCGGUUAGGAAUUUUUGGAUUCUUCUCAACUGAGGACGAAGUCGCUUCAGGCAAUCAAGGGCUUAAGGAUCAAAUUCUAGCUUUGAAAUGGGUCCAAGUAAACAUCGAACAGUUCGGAGGAUCCCCAGACAAAGUGACCGUGUUUGGAGAAAGUGCAGGAUCCGCAUCUAUUUCUUAUCUACUUCAAACCCCUUUAACAACGGGAUUAUUUAGGGCAGCGAUUAUGCAAAGUGGCUGCACUUUAAAUUUGUGGAGUUUGGGAAGAGGAAAAAAGGAAGCCUUGUUGGGGGCUGCCAGAGUUUUGGGAAUCAAUGCAACGGAUUCGCCCACCUUAUUGGAGGAGUUCAGGAAAGUACCUUAUCAAAAUUUGAGCGUUGCAACUAGUGUCGUUGAUGUUUCAAAAAUGUUCCUCGACAAUCCCUUCAACGGUUUAUUGUUCAGUCCAUCAAUUGAACCUGAAAGUGACGAAGCUGUAAUCACUGGCAGUAGUUACGAAAAAAUGAAAAAUGGUCAAUUUCAGAAAGUACCAAUGAUAGUAGGUUUCAACUCAGAGGAGGGUCUGAUAUUUUAUUCUGUUAUAGAACUGCUUCUCACCUACAAUGUAUUAUAUACUCUAUUUCCCGAACGAUACGUCCCAGUAAGUAUGCACGUUGAAGAAAGCUUGAAGAAGGAAGUAGGUAGAAUAAUCAGAUCCGAAUAUUUUACAAACUUCCUUAAUAAGACUCAAGAAUCAAUCGACCUCACGAGAGAGCCUCCAGUUGUUACUAUUAAAAAUGGGCAAAUUUUGGGGACGAGUGAAAUUACAAGUAGGGAAAGUAAGGAGUACUUUGCUUUUAAAGGAAUUCCAUAUGCCAAACCACCUGUAAAGGAACUAAGAUUUAAAUCUCCAGUCCCAAUAGAUAAUUGGGAAGGAACUUUAAACACCACACAAUUUGCUAAUUAUUGUAUACAAGUAGCUGGUAAUGGGGGAGUUGAAGAUUGUUUGUACAUAAACGUUUUCACCCCCGAUUUGGAAAAGAAAUAUCUACCAGUAAUGGUGUGGAUUUAUGGAGGAGCCUUUAUAACGGGAAAAUCAAAUAAUUUUCAACCAGAUUUUUUUCUCGAAGAGGAUGUGAUAGUGGUUACCUUAAACUACCGGAUUGGAGCAUUAGGUUUCUUUACAACUGGCGAUGAGGUUGUGUCAGGUAAUGCAGGGCUAAAAUAUCAAAUUUUGGCAUUGAAAUGGGUACAAGACAAUAUUGAAUUUUUCGGUGGAGAUCCCAAAGCUGUUACUGUCUUUGGGCAAAGUGCUGGUUCCGUUUCCGUGUCAUACCUAUUGCAGACAGAACUGACUACAGGAUUGUUCAGAGCUGCGAUUAUGGAGAGUGGUUCAAGCUUAAAUCUUUGGGCUCUAUCUAGAAAUAAAGAGAAGAUAAUGAAAAAUGUUGCCAAAUUUUUCAAUAUUACAACCACUAACAGUCAGGAAAUGGUGGACGGAUUACAAGGAGUAAACCCUCAUUUUCUAACUUUAAUUGGCGAUUUAGCAGAGUCUGUUACAAUGGUUCUUGGGAAUCCCUUACACGGUCUUUCGUUUAGUCCAACGACAGAAUCUGAAGUAGAAGGUGCUGUCGUGACAGGACAUAGUUACGAAAAAUUAGUGAAUGGACGUUUUCAAAAAGUUCCAGUUAUUUUAGGCUUUAAUUCAGAAGAGGCUAACAUGUUUGAAGAUGAGACAGAUUUGGUGAAAUUUUAUUUGCUCGGAAACCAGAUUGUUACAAAUAGAUUUACUCCAAUUGAUAUGAACGUGGACGAAAGCAAUUUCGAUCUAGUUGGUAAACUUAUUUAUGACGAGUAUUUCCCGAAAGGAAUGCUAAACUCUUCUACAUCAGAUAUAUUCAGGUUCAUCAGCGAAAGUCAAUUCGAAAAACCCAUUUACAAAAUGGCCGAGCUGUAUUCAAAACAUGUUCCAACCUAUUUUUAUCGUUUUUCAUACUACGAAGAAGGAUCUCAUAUAGUUCCAGGAGCUGCACACAAUGAUGAAAUGUCGUAUCUUUGGGCAAACGAAAACAGACCUAAUCAUCCAUUAACUAAAAAAAUGGUGAAACUUUGGACAAAUUUCGCAAAGACUACAAAUCCUACUCCCGAAGUUGAUGCUGCUUUGGAUAACGUCCUUUGGGAAUCUUUCGGGCACUCGAAUAAAUACUUGAACAUCGAUGAAACUCUCGUUAUCACAGAUAAAGAUGUUAAUACAAGAAUGAAGUUCUGGCACGAUUUGUACGAGAAAUAUGCGAAUCCGCCUUUUGACACUUAUUGA